UUAUACCAGGGUUUUUCUGUAUUUAGGGUUUCAUUUGCAUUCAUCAUCAUUAUUUGGUGAAUUUUUUGGGGGGUUUUAAAGAUGGAUUACUGUUGUUCAACAUUGAAAGGCAAUACCCAUUUGCCAAAACUAAGUGGGUUUGAUGGAGGUUUAAGAAAUGUGGAUCAAGGGUUCUUGAAAGGGGGUAUGAUCAGAGGGAGCCUAAACGACAGCGUUUGGGUUAACCAUUUGCAGAAAAGCUUGAAAUUUCAUAAGAGGGUUAGCAAGAUUACAAACCCUGGGGUUGCUUUCUCUGUUAUCACAUCAGAUAAUGGCAAAGAGACCUUGGUUGAGACACUGGCUGCACCAAGAUUCGAGAGACGGAGGGUUAAUCCGAAAAAUGUGGCUGCAAUCAUACUGGGUGGUGGUGCAGGAACUCAACUCUUCCCUCUUACAAGCAAGUCCGCAACACCGGCUGUACCUGUAGGAGGAUGCUAUAGGCUUAUCGACAUCCCAAUGAGCAAUUGCAUAAACAGCACCAUAAACAAGAUCUUCGUUCUAACGCAGUUCAACUCCGCUUCACUUAAUCGUCACAUUGCUCGUACCUAUUUUGGCAACGGUGUGAACUUUGGGGAUGGUUUCGUGGAGGUGUUGGCUGCCACUCAAACACCCGGUGAAGCGGGAAUGAAUUGGUUUCAAGGAACUGCAGACGCCGUGAGGCAAUUUACAUGGGUUUUUGAGGAUGCCAAGAACAAGGAUAUCGAGGAUAUACUGAUCUUGUCGGGUGAUCAUCUUUACCGAAUGGACUAUCUGAACCUUUUGCAGAAUCACAUCGACAGAGAUGCCGAUAUUACAGUUUCUUGCGUGCCCGUGGGCGAAAGCCGAGCACCGGAUUUUGGACUAUUGAAGUUCGAUAGCAAGGGUCAAGUCAUCCAAUUUGCUGAAAAACCAAAAGGCGAUGAUUUGCAAGCAAUGCGAGUUGAUACGAGUCUACUUGGAUUAUCACCAAAAGAGGCUGAAGAAUCGCCGUAUAUUGCAUCGAUGGGGGUCUACGUUUUCAAAAGAGAUAUUCUGUUGAAGCUUCUAAGAUGGAGAUACCCGACAUCUAACGACUUCGGGUCCGAAAUCCUUCCAGCUGCCGUGACUGAGCAUAACAUGCAAGCGUACUUAUUCAGAGAUUACUGGGAAGAUAUUGGAACGAUCAAGUCGUUCUAUGAUGCGAACUUGGCGCUUACAGAUGAGGUACCGAAGUUUCAGUUUUACGAUCCGAAGACUCCGUUUUUCACUUCUCCGAGGUUCUUGCCACCAACCAAGAUCGAAAAAAGCAAGAUCAAAAAUGCAAUUAUUUCGCACGGUUGUUUCUUGAGAGAAUGCAGCAUCGAACACUCGAUAGUGGGUGAACGCUCACGUUUAGACUCGGGUGUCGAACUCAAGGAUACGCUAAUGUUGGGGGCAGAUUAUUACCAGACAGAGUCCGAGAUCGCUUCUUUGUUAGCCGACGGGAAGGUCCCGAUCGGUAUCGGAAGUAACACAAAGAUCAGAAACUGCAUCAUAGACAAAAACGCAAAGAUCGGAAGCAACGUGACCAUCAUGAAUAAAGACGGGGUUGAAGAAAGUGAUAGAGGUGGUGAAGGAUUCUACAUAAGAUCAGGGAUCACAGUCAUAUUGGAGAAGGCUACAAUCAGUGAUGGGAUUGUUAUAUGAAUUGGGGUAAGGUACAAGUGGUGAUGC